AUGUAUUGUGAUAUAUUGUUUGACGCUUCUGACAUUUAUAGUCGAGCCAUUGACAGAUGUUCAACAUCUCCCUGUCUUAACUCGGGAACAUGCAUACAGAUUGGUUGUCAAAGAAAGUGCAAAUGCAUGUGGGGUUUUACUGGAGAAAAUUGUGAAGCAAGAAUAUCUCAGAUUUCAUGCUUCCAGUCCGAAAUUUCAAUCAAAUGGAAUCAAGAAAAGCACAAGUUUGGAAGUGUAUACAAACUUCAUUUGGAGGAUUUGAUGUCUAAGACAAGCAAAGUAACAAACGUACAAAUCUUGCUGACUAAUGAACCAUCAAUAACUAUCGGGAAUGUGUCCGAACCGUCACCGAUUCACUGCGUCUCAAGCACUCGGCUUUCCAUAUCACCCGAUGAAUAUAUCCUUGUGGAUCUAUGGGUAGCUCGGAUUAGAAUGUCUUUGAAAUCCGUUGCUAAAGUUUAUUACAUCUUUGAUGAAUCGAAGUUCAAGCUCGAAUUCGUUGAUUUGGCGUAA